GGCAACCGCAGCUGGGCGCCGGGGGACGACGGCGCCGCGGCCGGCAACGGCACCUCGCUGAGCCCGGCCCUGGCGCUGCCGGCCGUGGGGCUGGGGGUCUUCCUGGCGCUCUUCGUCCUCUCGGCCAUCGUGGGCAACAUCCUGGUGAUCCUGUCGGUGGCCUGCAACCGGCACCUGCAGACGGUGACCAACUACUUCAUCGUCAACUUGGCCAUCGCCGACCUGCUGCUCAGCACCACGGUGCUGCCCUUCUCGGCCACCCUGGAGGUGCUGGGCUUCUGGGUCUUCGGGCGCGUCUUCUGCAACAUCUGGGCGGCGGUGGACGUGCUGUGCUGCUCGGCCUCCAUCAUGAGCCUCUGCAUCAUCUCGGUGGACCGCUACAUUGGCGUCAAGUACUCGCUCAAGUACCCGGCCAUCAUGACCGAGAGGAAAGCGGGCGUCAUCCUGGUGGUGGUGUGGCUCUCCUCCAUGGUCAUCUCCAUCGGGCCGCUGCUGGGCUGGAAGGAGCCCCCGCCGCCCGACGAGAGCAUCUGCAGCAUCACGGAGGAGCCGGGCUAUGCCCUCUUCUCCUCCCUCUUCUCCUUCUACCUGCCCCUGGCCGUCAUCCUGGUGAUGUACUUCAGGAUCUACGUGGUGGCCCGGCGGACCACCAAGAGCCUGGAAGCCGGGGUCAAGAAGGAGCGGAGCAAGUCCAUGGAGGUGGUGCUGAGGAUCCACUGCCGGAGCGUGCUGGAGGAUUCCCUCUCCAGCGCCAGGAACAAGGGGCACAACCUCCGGAGCUCGCUCUCGGUGCGCCUGCUCAAGUUCUCCCGCGAGAAGAAGGCGGCCAAGACCCUGGCUAUUGUGGUGGGAGUCUUCAUCCUCUGCUGGUUCCCUUUCUUUUUCGUCCUGCCCUUCGGUUCCUUCUUUCCAUCCCUGAAGCCGUCAGACAUGGUCUUCAAAGUCAUCUUCUGGCUGGGGUACUUCAACAGCUGUGUGAACCCUCUCAUCUACCCUUGCUCGAGCAAGGAGUUCAAGAGAGCUUUCAUCCGGUUGCUCAAGUGCCAGUGCCGCCGGAGACGGCGGCCGCUUUGGAGGGUGUACGACCACCACUGGCGGGGAGCCUCCAUGAGCAGCUCUGGGCGGGAUUCAGACCCGGACAUGAAGCCCAGAAUUGCCACCUUGAACAGCUCUUUCAUAUUUCACUCCUCGCCCCAGGAGAGAACCAGUCAGAGGAGAACGCUAAGCUUCAGAGGGUGGAAAAUGCCUUUCCAGAAGCCAUCCUCCACCCAGCUGAAGGAGAAGAUGAACAGCCUCUCCCACAAAAUCAGGGGCGGCUCAGGCAAAGGGAGUGUGACCGCAGCUUACAAGACAGAGGUUGAGUCCGUCUCUAUAGCGAUCCCUAAUGACUUCACGGAAACUAUUGACUAUCAAACGUAUGACUUAACGGACUGCUGCGGGCUGAGAGAAACAGAUAUUUAAAGCCACUGGGACAGCUGUUGGGUCUCUCUCUCUUUUUCCUAUGUGCAUUACAUGGAGUGGGUGAAAGAUACUGUCCGUGUGCUUGUCCAGUAGAAGCAACAAUCAGGUGUCCCCAGAUGCAAACACCACCCACUGAGGUUAUGCAGUGCUCUGAGAACAGGGGUUCCUCCUGGGAGGAAACAUCUGGAGCUUCAGGAAAUUAUCAGAUCAUGCUGCGCGAUGGUGAAGGAAGUGGUGGGAGAGUGGGGCUCUUGGGACAGGGUCCGCUCCAUCUAGUGUAAUAGCACCUUGGUGUCUCCAAGGAGCUGUGCAGCUCACGGAAAAAUAGGAUGCAUCUCGUGCGAUAAAAGCAUGGCAUGAUCAAGCCCAUUAAGACACCAAGGUUGAAUGCAAUUCUACUGUCUUAGUGCAUCUGCUCAUGUUGCUCUUUCAAGGUUGUUUCCAGCAAGGACCAACCUUGCCGACAAGUAACGCCUGACAGAGGUGUUCCUUUAGCUCUAGUGGUAAGAGCUUGUAGGCACAUGGAGGAGGGGACUGUAACAAACCCCUAGAUCAUCAAAUUCAGUCCUUCAUUAAUGCAGGCCACUACAUCACAUAAUCCUGGUCCAGGCGCGAUCCCUGCUGUGGACUGUGGUGGCUGCAGUUUACUACCUAAGCAUAAACUGGGUUUAUGCCUCAAUAGUCAUUCUUGCACACUGAAACAAAUGAGAGCACGGGUCUUUUUUCUAGUCCAAAUCUCUGAACUUUACAUAGGCACCACUAGCCCUCCUACUGUUGACCACACCCCAGCUCUUCAGCAUCAGCACGAGGAAGGCGAUGCCAAACAUGCCUUUUGAUAUUGGUCAUGCAUGGUUCUCCUCUUUCCCUUUCCUCCUCGCACAUCUAUUUGCCUCUUCCUCCUUCAAGCUGUUCAGGUGUUUGCAGCUGAUCUGGGUCAGGAUCAGAUGCAUUGUUCUUGUUCCAUUUAAAUACAAUUCCAACCCAAGACUGCCUGGUUGUACAAGCCGAAGUAGUCGGUAGCCAGCAGCACUCCUCAUUUGUGUGGGCAAGGGCACGUUGUUUAUUUUGUAUUGUGUCUAAAGUGCACAGAGCCAACACGGGAUGCCUCUUCCAGGAGGAUGCAGUGGCUUCUGGGUACCCAGGCAAUGUGGAGAAAGAUGAUGUGUAACCCUCCAAGAGGGCACUGUCAGUAGCACAUCCAUACACUGAGUCCCGGCACCAAGUUAUGUGUUGCGCUUCCUAGCAUAUUUGCACUCGGACAAUUGGUUUGUCAAACCCUGGCCAGAUGUGUAUCCUAGAUGUUUAUUUUAUUGAGGUUUUUAGGCAGCUGUGGAGCCCAGGAGGCUCCAAACCAAACCUCCUUCAAGAUAAGAAAUGGGCCACAAAUCUAAAAACUCUGUGGUCCUGGGAAACGUUUAGAUCUUAACUCAGUCUCAGUUAACUCAGGCCCACUCUCAAAUGCAAGUAAAGAAACAGGAAAACCAGUUCCAGUGUGGAGCCAUUAUGCCAAAUUAGUCCCCAGUGGAAACCCAACAACAUCAGCAGAGUCCCACCUGGGAUAGAAGUUGGCCCAUUGAGCCUCACAUGUCUUUCAUUACUGGGGCAUGGACUAGUUUACGUAGUAUUUCUGACUGUCAUUUUGUAAAACAAGGAAUCUAGCUGCCAGACUCGCAGAGUUAGGAAAACAGGGUGUUAUGGUUUUCUCCUGCUUUCUAUUUGCUUUGCAACAGAAAUUCAAUAUAAAAAAUGUUUAAACAAAAAAAAA